AUGAAUUUAUUUUUGGAAACAUUUAGCACACCGAUCGCUAAUUCCCAAAAUUCAUUCAACGAAACGAUUAUCGAAAAUUUUCCAAAUAAUUAUACGGAAAUAUUUUUUGAUGAUGACAACCACAACGACAUUAACGUCGAUGGCGACGAUGAUAAAUUCGCCGAAUUCGAUAAAGAAUUAAUUGUGGUUGAAAAAUGCUUGAGAGUUUGUCAUGAAAAAUCGAUUUGCGACGAAAUUCCUUGCAUUCGUAAAUGUUGUCGCGAAGGAGAAAUUUAUAAAAUUCACAAUGGAAGUUCAAGUUGUUCGGAUUUUAGAGGAUUUAUUUCCCAAAAAUUACAAAAAAUCCCCAAUUGGUCCUUUUAUGAAGGCGAUUAUGUCGAAUCCUUUUCUGUUUUUGGAGUUUUGCAAGGAAAAUCUUGUAAAAAAUACAUUUUGGAUGAGGAAAAUUAUUUUUUGAGUGACGUUGAUGGUCGUCUUUACGUCAAUGGAUCCAAAAUUACCUUCGACAAUGAUCACUAUUGCACCGAAAUUGUCGAUUAUGGGAACGAGAGUUAUGCAACGGAGAUGUUUGUCUGUUUUGACGAAGAAUCGACGCCGUACGAUCGAAUGUGGUUCAAUUUGGGAUUCGCUUUUUCCGUUCUUGGGUUUGUUUUGACGCUUUUGGUGUACAUUUUUGUGCUGAAAGUUAAAAAUUUGAAUAGUCGGAUUGUGGUUUGUUACUGCACGAGUUUUCUUGUGGCUUAUUUGAGUUUGUUGAUGGGGCAGUUUUUGGAUUCGGAGUCAGAGUUUUGUUUGCCAGCAGCUUACAUAAUUUACUUCACUUUCAUGUCGGGAUUUUCAUGGCUCCAAAUCAUGUGUUUCGACAUUUGGCUCAAACUGGCAACAGAUCGUCAAUUUCGUCGUUCAGCCCGAAAAAAGAGCAAACGCUUUCUCUAUUAUUGCAUCUACGCAACUUUACUUCCGACAUUUUUCCUGACUCUCGUUGUUGCCUUGAAGGACCUUUUGCAACUUUCCAUCGGAGAAUAUUACUGCUGGUUUUAUUCUAAAGAUAUGUCGUACAUGAUGUUUUUCGUGCUGCCCGUUGGCUUAAUGACAUCCAUCAAUGUCAUCUUGUUUGUGCUAACGAUGAUUCAUUGUAGUAAAAUUAAAAUGGAAAUUGCGAGAGUUCAACGCAGCAGCAUAAAACGCAAGAGGAAGAGAAUGUUCUUCGUUAAUAAAGCGAUCCUCACAAUGACGUUAAAACUCUUCACAGUAAUGGGCAUCUCUUGGAUUAUGGAAAUUUUGUCAACUAUUUUUCCAAACGACAAUCUUUGGUGGUUUACUGACUUUUUAAAUUCCUUUCUCGGAGUAUUCGUCUUUGGAAUUUUCAUCUUAAAGAAACGCGUUUUGAACAAAAUUGCAGAAAAAAUUGGACUAAAAUCCUCCGACUUACCUUUGGAAAAUCAAACAAUGAGCACAACCGCCAGCAACAGAAAUCGCAUUGUGAUAAUCAGUAAUCCUAACAAAAAGGCAACAUAA